CAGAAACAAACAAGAAAUCAUGUUAUAGAUAACCAUUCGGAUUAGUAUUGUGAAAAGGGGCAUUUUUAGUAUCAAAAUUAUGGCGUCAGCUUUAGCCGGAGACGAUCUAGUGAGGUCGAUGAGCAGCAGAAGGAGCUGGGUAUCAUCGACGGCGAGCAUCAGAGAGGUUUGGCAAUCUUCGCCGGAUGUGUUCAAUAGGAGCGGACGUCAAGAUGAUGAGGAAGAACUACGAUGGGCGGCCAUUGAGAGGUUACCCACGUAUGAUCGGUUGAGGAAAGGGAUGUUGAGACAAGUUCUGGAUAAUGGAAAAGUGGUUCACGACGAAGUUGAUGUCACUAAGCUUGGAAUGCAAGAUAAGCAGCAGUUGAUGGAUAGAAUGUUGAAAGUUAUUGAAGAAGAUAAUGGAAAGUUUUUGAGAAGAUUAAGGGACAGAACCGAUAGGGUGGGGAUUGAGAUUCCAACGAUUGAAGUUCGGUUUGAGCAUUUGGAAGUUGAAGGAGACGUGUAUGUUGGAAGCAGAGCGCUUCCUACGUUGCUUAAUGUUACCUUGAAUGCCAUCGAGAGCAUUCUUGGAUUAGUUCGGCUUGCACCAUCUAAGAAGAGAAAAAACCAGAUACUUAAAGAUGUUAGUGGCAUAGUAAAACCUUCAAGGAUGACUCUACUUUUAGGUCCUCCAGGAGCUGGAAAAUCAACGUUAUUAAUGGCACUUACCGGAAAGCUUGAUCGUGAUCUAAGAUCGUCUGGGAAAGUCACUUAUUGCGGUCACGAAUUGUCGGAAUUCGUUCCUCAAAGAACAUGCGCUUAUAUCAGUCAACAUGAUCUUCACUAUGGCGAAAUGACAGUGAGGGAGACAUUAGAUUUCUCGGGACGAUGUUUGGGAGUCGGUACGAGGUACGAAAUGCUUUCCGAGCUAUCAAGAAGAGAGAAAGAAGUUGGAAUUAAGCCAGAUUCUGAGAUUGAUGCAUUCAUGAAAGCCACAGCAGUUGCAGGCCAAGAAACAAGCUUGGUCACGGAUUAUAUUCUAAAGAUUCUUGUGUUGGAUAUCUGCGCGGAUAUCAUGGUCGGAGAUGAUAUGCGUCGGGGUAUUUCCGGUGGCCAAAAGAAGCGUGUGACUACAGGAGAAAUGUUGGUCGGACCAGCAAAGGCACUUUUUAUGGAUGAAAUAUCAACAGGGUUGGACAGUUCAACAACUUUCCAGAUUUGCAAGUUUAUGAGACAAAUGGUUCAUAUCAUGGAUGUAACCAUGGUCAUUUCUCUUCUACAACCGGCACCAGAGACAUACGAUCUAUUCGAUGACAUUAUCGUACUUUCAGAGGGUCAAAUUGUUUACCAGGGUCCACGAGAGAGUGUCCUCGAUUUCUUUGAAUUCAUGGGCUUCAAGUGUCCUGAGAGAAAAGGAAUUGCAGACUUUCUGCAAGAGGUAACUUCCAAGAAGGACCAACAGCAAUAUUGGUUCCAAAAGAACCGACCUUAUAGAUAUGUUUCAGUUUCGGAUUUCGUCAAUGGCUUUAGUUGCUUCCGCAUUGGCCAGCAGCUUUCAUCAGAUCUUAGCGUUCCUUAUGACAGAACUAGAACCCACCCCGCUGCUUUAGUUACUGAAAAAUAUGGUAUUUCCAAUUGGGAACUAUUCAGGGCAUGCUUUGCAAGGGAAUGGAUGCUAAUGAAGCGAAAUUCAUUCGUUUACAUAUUCAAGACCAUCCAAAUAACAAUCAUGUCGUUGAUUGCCUUGACAGUGUUCUUUAGAACUGAAAUGCCAGUGGGCACAUUCGAAAACGGUCAAAAGUUUUUCGGGGCCUUGUUUUUCAGUUUAAUCAAUGUGAUGUUCAAUGGAAUGGCAGAACUUGCAAUGACUGUUUUCAGGCUGCCAGUGUUCUAUAAACAGAGAGACUUCUUGUUUUAUCCUGCAUGGGCUUUUGGCUUACCAAUUUGGGUGCUUAGAAUCCCACUAUCACUUGUGGAAUCAGGGAUAUGGAUUGCUCUAACAUACUACACCAUUGGCUUUGCUCCAGCUGCUAGCAGGUUUUUCCGACAGUUCUUGGCAUUCUUUGGCAUCCACCAGAUGGCAUUGUCGCUCUUUAGGUUCAUUGCUGCGGUAGGAAGAACACAAGUGGUUGCAAACACCUUGGGCACCUUCACCUUAUUGUUAGUUUUUGUACUUGGAGGUUUCAUCGUCGCCAAAAACGACAUUGAUCCAUGGAUGAUCUGGGGAUAUUACGUUUCUCCUAUGAUGUAUGGACAAAACGCCAUUGUCAUGAAUGAAUUCCUCGACAAAAGGUGGAGUGCGAACAAUACAGACCCCAGAAUUGAUGCACCAACAGUAGGGAAAGUUCUUCUCAACACCAGAGGCUUCUUUACUGAAGAAUAUUGGUUUUGGAUUUGUGUUGGAGCACUCUUUGGGUUCUCUCUUGUCUUCAACAUUUUAUUUAUCGGAGCAUUGACUUUCUUGAACCCCUUGGGUGAUUCCAAAGCCGUAGUCGUAGACGAAGACGAGAAAAAGAAUACUAAAAACCCAUACUCAGGCGGAAGAAUACCGGAAGGUAUUCUUCUAAAAGCAAGAAACACUCCAAAAAAUCCUAGAAAAGGCAUGGUUUUGCCUUUCCAACCUCUUUCACUUGCAUUCAACCAUGUUAACUACUAUGUUGAUAUGCCUGCUGAAAUGAAGGCUCAAGGUAUCAAAGAAGACCGUCUUCAGUUGCUACGAGACGUUAGUGGUGCUUUCAGACCAGGAAUAUUGACAGCAUUGGUGGGUGUUAGUGGAGCUGGGAAGACAACCCUGAUGGACGUUUUAGCUGGGAGAAAAACAGGCGGAUGCAUUGAAGGACAUAUCACCAUCUCAGGCUACACCAAGAACCAAGCAACCUUUGCUCGUGUCAGCGGUUACUGUGAACAAAAUGACAUUCACUCCCCAAAUGUCACGGUUUAUGAAUCACUCUUGUACUCCGCUUGGCUUCGCCUUGCUUCCAACAUCGACAUGAAGACUAGAAAGAUGUUUGUUGACGAAGUUAUGGAGUUGGUUGAGCUCAAACCAAUAAGGAAUGCUUUAGUUGGACUUCCAGGAGUCGAUGGUCUUUCGACGGAACAAAGGAAAAGGUUGACAAUUGCAGUAGAGCUGGUUGCUAAUCCUUCCAUCAUCUUUAUGGAUGAGCCAACUUCAGGGCUUGAUGCCCGAGCUGCUGCGAUCGUUAUGCGAACUGUGAGGAACACUGUGGACACAGGGAGAACUGUUGUCUGCACAAUUCACCAACCUAGCAUCGACAUAUUUGAAGCAUUCGAUGAGUUGCUGUUAAUGAAAAGAGGAGGGCAAGUCAUUUAUGCUGGACCUCUCGGUCGGCAUUCUCGCAAGCUUAUAGAAUAUUUUGAGGCCGUCCAAGGGGUUCCGAAGAUCGGAAAUGGAUACAAUCCGGCAACAUGGAUGCUUGAGGUCAGUGCUCCAUCAGUUGAGGCUCAACUAGAUGUGAAUUUUGCAGAUAUUUACUCCAACUCAUCACUUUAUCGGAUGAAUCAAGAACUUAUCAAAGAUCUUUGUGAACCAGCACCUGGAUCAAAAGACCUUUUCUUCCCAACAAAAUAUUCUCAGUCAUUCUUCACACAAUGCAAGGCUUGCUUUUGGAAACAACAUUGGUCUUACUGGAGGAACCCUCGGUACAAUGCCAUUCGAUUUUUCAUGACCAUAGUUAUCGGUAUCUUAUUCGGUCUUAUAUUCUGGAACAAAGGAGAAAAAAUAUCAAGACAACAAGACCUGAUGAAUCUUCUUGGAGCAUUGUAUUCUGCCGUUCUUUUCCUUGGAGCUACCAAUGCUUCAGCUGUUCAGUCCGUUGUUGCAAUUGAGAGAACCGUCUUCUACCGUGAAAGAGCAGCCGGAAUGUACUCCGAAUUGCCUUAUGCAUUCGCUCAGGUGGCAAUAGAGACAAUCUAUACUGCAAUACAAACUCUCAUUUACACAUUACUUCUUUACUCAAUGAUCGGAUUCGAAUGGACGCCAGUGAAAUUCUUGUGGUUUUAUUACUACAUACUAACAUGCUUUGUCUACUUCACUUUGUAUGGAAUGAUGAUUGUUGCUCUAACACCUGGUCAUCAAGUUGCCGCCAUUGUCAUGUCAUUCUUCCUUAGUUUUUGGAACUUGUUCUCUGGUUUUCUCAUUCCCAGAACUCAAAUCCCUAUAUGGUGGAGAUGGUAUUAUUGGGCUUCUCCAGUGGCAUGGACACUUUAUGGCUUAGUGACUUCUCAAGUGGGUGAUAAGGACGCUCCUCUCGAGGUCCCUGGACGGCAAAAUAUUACAAUAAAGAGCUUCCUUAAGGAAGAAUUGGGGUUUGAACACAGCUUUCUUCCAGUUGUUGCAGUGGCUCAUAUUGGCUGGUGUCUCCUUUUCUUCUUCGUAUUUGCCUAUGGAAUCAAGUUCCUCAACUUUCAAAGGAGAUAAACAUAUAUUAUAUGUUUUAGG